CAGGGUAUGCAUGUUAGUGCUGUACGAAGUGUCAUCCAUGCAGGACUAUGUACUGCAUAGAUGCAGUGACACGCGAUUGCAAAGCGCCGUGGCUACAGAGAGCUCAGAAGUUCCCCAGUUCACUAGGCUGACGCCAUGGCAAUGUAGACACAUGCAUAUUCAGCUGAAGGAGGCAAUCAAAGACAAGUCAUAUUUGCCAGGAUCUAUACUAUUAAUAGUAGGUAUUGUUGCGAUCUUGUUGUGAAAGGUUAUGUAGAAUACGUGUGGAUUGGCUAAAAUAAUAUUUGAAUUUACCAAUGAAAUCCAUGAGUUUCUCGUGUGAUGUCCACACCAAAUGCCGCAACCGCCGCUCGCCGGCGACAUGACGAGUUUGUGGCCUUCCUGGAUCGGAUAGGAUACGAGCCUCAAGGGCGGUAUGCCAAAGCUGGCAAGUUGCGACGUGAGGACGUCGAGACGUUGAUGCAAGGCGGGGCACUGGACCACAUCUGGUCCUGGGUCCAACACAACAUAAAAUCCACCGAGGACAUCAACAUGCUUCGGCGCAACCUGCACGUGUCUCAUCAAGCGAUGACUUCUCCGGAUGCCAUGGAGCUCAAGAAGAGGCGGAUCGCGGCGCUCACCGAGAAGAGGCGACUCCUUCAUGACGCCGUUUCAAAGUUACAGGCUGAAAACAAGCAAGCUAUCGCCAACUUAGUUAGUGUAGAGCAAGCCAUGACAUCUAUCUGCGACCCUCCCAUCCAAGCGCUUCUUGAAGACACAUAUGUGCUACAGACCCAGUAUCGGCAUCAAGAACGAGCUAUUGCUGUCCAAGACCUUCACACAGUGCUCACACCGCCACUUGCCUCCCCUCCAUCGCAAUCCCAUCAAUCAGCCGUCGUCCAGGACGCCUUGCGUCGUCUAAAAGACUUGCUGAAGCAGUCACGACCCCACCAGCCGUCAUCAUCUCCGCGGCACCUACUGCCACGCACUGCAUCCACCGACAAGACAGUUCAGGCGGUGUUGCAAUUACCGGGCAAAGUCGUUUUGGACGAACUUGAAGCUAGUACUACGUCAGCAACAACAAACCCGACACUGGCCCCGUUGACGCCUUAUCGUAACCGACAUACAUUGCACGACAUUGAAUCCCAAGUACAGCACCACGUGCAUCACUUGUACGAACAACUGGCCCGUCGCCAGCAAGAGUGCGACCACCUCCUUCUUCACAACACUCCUAGUCCAUGUGGAGUCUCGCCGUGUGCAGCAACUACCUCGGCAACGAAACUCGAGUGGCUGCAAUCGUACGGAGACGAGUUGGUGUUGGAACUCAAGUCACUGGACGCCGCCGCCGCCGCUGCCGCCGACCACAUGUCUGCCAUGGCAUCGUUUGAAACUCGACUGGAUCAUGCACACACGAGCGUGGCGUCUGCGUUUCGAACGAACCGCGCACUGGUGGUCGACAUAUUAGACCGCCAGAGCAAACUGCUGCUGUUUCUGCAGUCCGAAGUCGUGGAUGCAUUCAAAGGACUGAGACAAGAGACCCAGGCGGCACUGGACGAUGUCAUUCGACGAGAGAUCGACAGAUCGAGGGAGAUGCAUGAAGAAGCAGACCUGGAGGUGCCAUCAAGAACACUCCAUGGACAUGCAAGCGUGAGGAAUAGUGCAAUCAUGCAACGCCACGAAGAUACAGCCAUGUCGAAACUCCACAUGAGUGUGCGCAAACUGGAAGCGGCAAAGGCCGCGUUUGACGCGUUCCUUCAGUCGUCGCCGUGCUUUACGGUUCUGUCGUGGGAAGAGCUAUUGGAGCAAGUGCGAGAAGUGGAUGCGAUCGUGUCGGAUGAGAUGUUGCCGGACAUGGGUCGCAUGGAGGAAGCUGCGGCCGAGUUGCUCUACACGAAGCUUCCUGCGCUGUUUCGUGCGAUACACAACUGGACCGACGAGCCCGCAAAGGCGUAUGGCGCAGACGGCGCCCAUCGGCCAGUGGAAAGAUGUGAUUAGAAUGAAUCGAUGUAACGUUACGAGGUUGCAUCUCAUGUGUUGUUCUUGUCGGUGGGCUUGGUGGCGGCGGCAUGCAAGUCCAGAAGCUUCUUCUUUUGCUGAUCGUCCAGCAGCUUGCGCGUGUCGGCGCUGAGAUCUUGUCCAAAAUGCGUCUGCCGUUCUUGCAACAUGGUUCGGUAGUUUUGCCAUUCCGUGAGGAACCCGUGGACGAACUCAGGCUUGGCGGACUUGUGCAGCUUGAACUCGUCGCGGACAUACCGAUCCCCUAGCACACGCAUGACAGGCUCUAGCUUUCGUCGAUGCAGACGAAGGAUAUCGCGGUAGAGUCCCAACACUUGCGACCGCUGCGGCUGCAUGUUGUCGCUGCACCCUUGAAUGAAUGCCACCGAAAUACGGCACUUUUAAUUAUAAUUAGUAUAUAUCACAGUAAAUAGCGA